CCAGACCCAGCCUAUCUCCGGCGACCCGUGGGUCGCUGCCCUCGGAUUUUGCACUCUGCCUGGAGUCCCAGCUUUCUCCUUAGAGGGCAGCAGCGGGGCGUCUCGGGGACGCAUGCGCUCCAGUUUGCGCCCGGGGAAUUAAAAGAAAGGGAGAAAAAAAACUCUCUCCAAACACACGCUCCAAACAAAAUCUAAGUGGCGGAGAGGCGCGCGGCCUGCACCCCCGGGCCGUGGAGCGCCUCCACUCUCGUCUGCGUCCCCGGCCUCGGCGUGAUGCGCACGGACUGGCCUGACACGCAGUGGCCGCAACUGUCCCCGCACCUGGAAGCUGGGGUGGCCGCGACUCAGGCGCGAUCACGCGCUCAGACUCCCGCGCCCGCGGGGACCCUUGCUCUCCAUGGGGCUGAGGGCCUGGCUGCGGACCGCCUGCUGCUUCUGCCACUGCCCGUGCCUGGAGGAGCCCUCUUUGCCCGAGAAGGAGCCCUUGGUCAGAGGUAAUAGUCCAUAUUCUUCAUUUGGAGCAACUCUGGCGAGGGAUGAUGAAAAGAAUUUGUGGAGUCUACCUCAUGAUGUGUCCCACACAGAGGCGGAUGAUGACAGAAUCUUGUACAAUUUGAUAGUUGUUCGUAAUCAGCAGGCCAAAGACUCAGAGGAGUGGCAGAAACUCAACUAUGAUAUCUAUACACUGCGGCAGAUGCGAAGGGAAGUGAGAAACAGAUGGAAGCACAUUUUAGAAGAUUUGGGUUUUCAAAAGGAAGUGGAUUCUUUGUUGUCAGUGACGAAACUUAGCACCAUGAGUGAUUCUAAAAACACGAGGAAAGCACGAGAGAUGUUGUUAAAACUGGCUGAAGAGACCAGUAUUUUUCCAGCCAGUUGGGAGCUCUCAGAGAGAUAUCUUUUUGUUGUGGACCGACUCAUUGCUCUUGAUGCUGCAGAAGAGUUCUUUAAAAUUGCCAGUCGAACUUACCCCAGGAAACCUGGGGUCCCAUGCCUGGCAGAUGGCCAGAAAAAACAACCCUACCUUCCAUUUCCAAGUCCCUAAAGGACAAGCUCAAAAGUAGAAUGGGAGUUCUUCCACUGGGACUCAACAGCUGACCAAAAUUGGAAGACUGCAUAUAGAAGAGAGUGAGCAAAUAGAGGGCUUGCUAAAUGAGAAAUGAUUCUGAGCUCUACAAAGAUAUAAGGUCUUCCUGAGGACCUUAUUCUAUGAAAUGUUCCUGUUGUAUUGAAACACCCUGAUGCUCUUGCAUCUAGAAAGUUAAAGAG